AUGGCGGAUUUCGUACUAAUUUUUUUUUUUUCAGAGCGAAAGGGAAAGCCGUGAGAAUGCCUUGCUCUGUGGCUCACUAUCUCCAGCACAAAUGGCACCAGCCGAAGUGGCACCAGUCCAAGUGGCACCAGUCCAAGUGCCUCCAGCCCAGAUGCCACCAGCACAAGUGCCACCAGCACAAGUGCCAUCAGCCCAGAUGCCACCAGCACAGGUCCGCAGCAGUCUGCUGCAAAUUCCCCACGGCUACCGUCGUACGGAGCAUAUCCAUCAGCUGAUGGAGAAUUUACAGCAACAAAUGGAUGUUCUGCAAAGGCAGGCUGAAGAAGCCGAUAAAGAGGAAGGACGAGGAGCAGGACAACAAGAGAUCGGACGAGGAAGAGAGCAAUGGGCAGGACGAGGAAGAGAACAAGGAGCAGGUCGAGGAAGAGGACAAGCGGCAGGGCGAGGAAGCAGGGGACCAGAGAGGAAGAAUCGAGAAGGAAAAAAAAGGAGAAGCGGGAUGCGGCCUAUUGGAAAUCACAAUAUUUUCAAUCCAGGAAUGAUCGUCGAGGUCCUCCACCUCCUCCUGGAGCAGGUCAAGGCAUGUUUGGCAAAGGCUCAGUGUUUUAUUUGAAUUGUGGAUAAAAUACUGAGUCUUGCUUUUAUUAGUUCCUACCCUCUCUGAUAUCAUAGCAUAUUUUUCAUAUUUUCCUAAAUCCAAGUAAGUCUCAAUUGCCCCAUUUCCUUGAAAUUGAAUUAAUAAUCAAUAUUUUUAACUUUAUUUCUCUCUUUCAGGUUUUCAUAUCUAUAUAUUAAAGCGCCUCACCAGUAUUGUAAAUUAAAUGGCUGAGCGAAUGGAUUCUUUUGCAUACU